AUGUAUUCGAACUCGAACGCCUUCCUGGGUGGAAGUAGCCAACGGCCCGGCGCGCAGCAAUAUGGAAGCUCUUUCGGCAUGGGAGGGCAGCAGCCGGGACAGCAGCAACAGCCGAGCCCGUUCGCUCCCCAGCCCACUGGCUUCGGCCAAGCGCCGUUGCAGCAGCAGUUCACUGGCUACCCGGGGAUGCAGCAGCAACAGCAGCCGCUGUCGCAGCAACAGCAAACUCCUCAGCAGCUCCAGCCUCAGUUCACCGGAUUCCCUGGUCAGGCUCAGCCUCAGCAAAGCUUCCAGACCGGCGCCCCCCCGAUGCCUUCGAUCCCCCCGCAGUUCCAAUCGCAGUUCCAGCAGCAGCAACAGCAGCAACCCCAACAGACCGGUUUCCAACAGUCUCAGCCGACUGGUUUCCAGCAACCUCAGCCGACUGGCUUCCAGGGCCAGCAGCAGACGCCUGCUCCAGCCGCAGCUCCCAUCAAACCUCAGGCCACGGGCUUCAGCCAGAUGGCUGCUUCUUUCCGCACUGGAGGAACACCAAAGCCAGCUGGCAGACGUCCCAAGUCGGCGAACAAGAUCCCCAACAUUAGGUUGUCAUUCAUCACUGCCCAAGACCAGUCCAAGUUCGAGACCUUGUUCAAGUCUGCGGUCGGCGAUGGCCCUGCCACCACUAUGUCCGGAGACAAGGCUAGGGAUCUGUUGAUGCGGUCGCGUCUGGAUGGUGAUUCUCUUUCACACAUUUGGACCUUGUCGGAUACCACUCGAUCCGGAGAACUCCACUUCCCUGAAUUCGCUUUGGCAAUGUACCUGUGCAACUUGAAGCUUACCGGAAAGGCUCUGCCCUCCAGCUUGCCUGACAACGUCAAAAAUGAAGUUUCCAGCAUGGUGGACAUUAUUAAUUUUAGCAUUGCCGAGGACACCGGCCGGACCACCCCGGGCAGCAACGCGACCGGCAGGUCAAGCACUGAGCCUACGAUUCACCAGCCUCAGCCUCAGGCCUCGAACUCCCAGCUGCUGCAAGCACAGAUGACCGGCUUUCCUAGUCAGCAGCAGCAGGGCUUUGGACAAAACCAGGGUCUGCAGCCCCAGCAGACCGGAUUCCCCGGCAUCAACUCGCAACCCACGGGGAUGAAUCCGCAGCCUACAGGAUACACAGGACCGCGACCGCCGAUGCCUCCGAUGCCCACCGGAUAUGGUAAUAGCCUUACACCGGGAGGAGGGCCGAUGGCCGCGCCCCUGAAUGCGCAACCUACGGGUAGGCCUGGUCAGUGGGGCCUGGUGAACGCCCCAGCCACUGGCUUGCCCAACAUCGACGCUCUGCAGGCUAGAAUGAUGCCACAGCAAGGCCGCGAGCAGCAAAACUUCACGACACAGGGUCUGCAAGGUAAUGCUGUUAUUCCCUGGGCGAUUACCAAGGAGGAGAAGCAACGAUAUGACGCUCUUUUCAAGGCUUGGGACGGCCUUCACAAGGGCUUCAUUGGUGGAGAUGCCGCCAUUGAAAUCUUGGGGCAGAGUGGUCUGGAAAAGCCCGACCUGGAACGCGUCUGGACUCUUGCGGACAACGGUAACAAGGGCCGUCUGAAUCUUGACGAAUUUGCCGUCGCCAUGCAUUUGAUCUACCGAAAGCUCAACGGCUACCCCCUUCCGAAUCAACUACCUCCUGAGCUCGUGCCCCCUUCGACAAGAAACAUCAAUGAAUCUAUCGGCACUAUCAGGUCCAUGUUGAGUCAGGAGUCGGAGUUUCGAAACAAGUCUGGCGCCGCCCUGCUUCCUCAAAAGACCGGAGUUAGCUACAUGAAGACCCAUUCAUUAAGGGGCACACCCGGUGGCCACGGCAGUGGGCGUAAAGAUGCUACGGUUUUCAAGAACAACGACGAACAGGUGGGUUACAGGUCUAGCGCCCGCCGUCGUGUAGGCAACAACUCGCCCCGCCCCGAGUCACCUGCUUCUGCUUCGUCCGCCUACGAUGAUCUUGGUCUUGAUCAGCUGAGGAAGAAGAUACGAGAGAAGGAGGUGCUUCUUGACGCCAUGGACUUUGCCGACGAGAAGAGCCUGGAAGAGGACGAUGUCCUUGACCGUCGCGACCGUCGGGAGGCAGAGGAGCUGUACCGUCGCAUUCGCCGCAUUCAGGACGACAUCGACGCGCACCCCGAUGCUGCCCUGGCGACAGGUGACUCGGAGGCUGAGAGACGUGCGCUGAAGCGACAGCUGCAGACCCUUACAGACAAGGUCCCCGAGCUGGCCUCUGCGGUUCGCAAGACCGAGAAGGCUAUCGCAGAUGCAAGACUCGAACUCUUCAGACUCAAGGACGCGAAGGCCCACCCCAACAGCGCCACUACUAUCGUUGGCACCGGACCCGGUGGCGCUGUCACCGAGUCUGACAGGUUGAAGGCUAGGGCUAAGGCCAUGAUGCAACAGCGCACCGCGGCUUUGACCGGCAAGAAGGUUGAGUCGGGCUUCGAUGAUGAGGCUCCCAAGCGCCUUGAGGAGGAGAACCUCAAAGUCAAGACCGAGAAGGAGAACAAUGAGAGCAUGGUGAAGGAUGUGGAGGACUCCGUGCGUGAUUUUGCUCGUGGUAUUGAAGAUAACCUGAAGGAAGGUACCACGUCCGCUACCAAUGAGCACGAGAAGCGACGCUGGGAAGACGGUCUCGGUGUCGAGGAUGAAGUCAGAGACUUCAUUUUUGAUCUCCAGCGUUCUAGCCGUGCCGCGCGUGUCCGAUCUCAGGACCGGCGUGCUACCUCUUCAUCUCGAUCGCCUGCUACAGCUGCCCGAGCAGAGCCCGCCGCGGCCGCCCCGACUACUCGCAACGAGAGCCCCGCCCCCCCCUCACGUACUACCACUCCUGGUGGCUCGUACUCGUCGUAUAAGACCCCUGAAGAGCGUGCUGCUUUUAUCAAGCAACAGGCCGAGCAGCGCAUGGCUGAGAGACUUGCCGCCUUGGGCAUCAAGGCUCCCACCAAGCCUGGUGAGACAGCUGCCCAGAGAAUGGAGCGUGAACGGGCUGAGCGGGCUGCCAAGCUUCGCCAAGCAGAGGAGGAGGAUGAGCGUCGCGAGGCUGAGCGACAGGCACGACUUGCAGAAGAAUCAGGUGCUCCGGCCCCAGCUGCGAAGAAGCCUCCCCCGCCGCCUUCGAGGAAGGCCGCUAAGAGUGACACUGCCGAGAAAGAGGCGUCCCGCAGGGCCGAAGAUGAUCAAACCGCCAGGCAAGUAGAAGAGGAGCGUCUUGCCAGAGAGCACGAGGAGCAGCAGCGUGCCACCCAGGAGUUGGAGGCCAACGCCAGAGAGCAGCAGGACGACCUGGAGAAGGAGCGACAUGCUGCAGAGGCUCGACUCAAGGCGCUUGAAGAGCAAGUCAAGGCGGGCAAACUCAAGAAGGAAGAGGAGAAGCGCAAGAAAAAGGCAGCUCUUGCUGAGCAAAAGGAAAAGGAGUCUAAGCUUGCAGCCCAGAGAGCCGAAAUCGAGGCGGCCCGACAGCGCGAGUUGGAGCUUCAGCGCCAGCUCGAGGCCAUGAACGAUGAUGAUGACAGCUCCUCAGAUGACGAGGACGGUGUUGCUCAGAUCACUCCUCAGGCGUCGACCCCUACGCAGGGCGGCAGCCAGAUCAGCAGCCAGGAGCUCGAGAAGCAGCCUUCAUCGCCGCCUGCAGUCCCGACCGUGGUCACGAGCCCUCCCACCGAGAACGAGAGCCGCAACCCGUACCAUCGCAUUCUCUCUCACUUUUCCGAGUCUACAUCGGGCCCAAGCGAGCCUUCGGCGCCUGCUGCUGCCCCUCCGCCGCCGCCGGCACCGGCACCGGCAGCUGCGCAGUCAACUAAUCCCUUCCACCGCAUGGUACAAGAGAGCAAGGCCACGCCUGCGGCUGCUACUCCUCCGCCUCCCUCUGGCCCGUUCUCCCGCAAGCGUCCUGAUGAGGACGAUGACUGGGGCACGGAUAAGGAGGAGGACGACGAAGACUCGGACGAUGAUGACCGGCCCGGCGGCAAUAGUGCAGCGGCUUUGGCCUCUAUCUUAUUCGGUACUAUGGGACCCCCUCGGCCACUGUCGGCUACCGGAGACAAGCCGACUUCCAACCCAGUCAGCCCGCGCAUUGGCAGCGAUGCAUCCCCUUCAUCCCCUCCCCCCCCUCCGCCUAUGCCAGGCAUCGGCGCCCCCCCUCCGCCCCCCGGCCCUGCGCCUGAGGCCCCGGCAGCCCCUCCCCCUCCGCCUAUGCCAGCAUCACCCGCCCCAGGCGGUCCUCCGCCGCCGCCGCCGCCGCCGCCGCCAGGUCUGGGCGCUCCGCCGCCACCGCCUCCGCCACCACCGGCGGGUGACGCACCUGCAGCCCCCCCACCAGGGGCCCGGCCAUCAGGCCUGCUCGGUGAGAUUCAGAUGGGUAGAGCUCUGAAGAAGACCGAGACUCGCGACAAGAGCGGCGCUGCUACUGCAGGUCGCGUUUUGGAUUAA